AUGGCGACCACAACAGUGACAACUACGGAGGCGGAAUGUGCCUUUCUCCCUAUCAAGGCAGAAAACCUACCGCCUGUGCUCACCUUCGAAGCAGAUGCCAACCCAGCAGACAUUGUGAAGGCGCUGAAAGUCAGUGGUGGAUGCAGGGUCAAAGGAGCCGUUGAUAAGGAAAUCCUUGCCCAGGUGGAAAGAGAGUUGCGGCCACACAUCGAGGCGGAUGUCGUGUGGGAGGGAGACUUCUUUCCGAUCCAAACUCGGAGGGUCGAAGGUAUGAUUGGCAAGAGUCCAAUCUGUGCCGAGCAUAUCAUCAACCAUCCGGUUUACCAGGCUGUGUGCAAGGAGUUCUUGACUACCAAGAACUGGUAUUGGAGCGGACAAAAGAAAAUCUUCGCAACGUCAGAUCCACAACUCAACAACUCAAUUUGUUUCUCCAUCGCACCAGGAGCCUGGGAUCAACCUUUACACAGGGACAGUUGGUGUCAUCAAACCUAUGAAACAGAAGUCGCUGUAUAUCCCGACAAUUAUGACCGUGAUGUCGGCAUAGGCUGGUUCGUCGCUGGCAAACCCGCGACUCGGGAGAAUGGUGCGACAAGAUUCAUCCCUGGCAGUCAUCUCUGGUCCAAAGACAGACCUCCCCAGGAUGAACUUGCUGUACAUGCAGAGUUAGAACCGGGAGAUGCUUUCAUGAUGUUGAGUUCAUGUUAUCAUGGCGGAUCUGCCAACAAGACGACAGACCAAGAGCGACUGCUGUUCAGUUGUUUCAUGACCAAGGGCUGGUUGCGGCAGGAAGAAAACCAAUAUUUGGCCAUUCCAAAGGACGUGGUUCUCAAGAUGCCUGUUCAUAUUCAACAACUCAUGGGCUACAAGCUGAGCCAGCCGUUCUGUGGGUGGGUGGAAAGUGACGAUCCGCGGGUUGUUCUGGACCCUUCAUUGAAGGACGAUCCGUCAGGACAUUACGACGAAGGUGAAGACAAGCAUUAG